AGUCAAGUCACGAGCCUUUCGAUCGCUGUCCAUUCACAUCACCAUUGAUUCCUCGAUGACACUAUAAAUAUUGCUGGAAUUUGAACAGCUCUUUUGGCCUCGUUCGCUCAGUCAGCCAACUCUCGAGCGCCGACGAUAUUCGUAGACUGACGGAACAACGCGGGUUGGCGAACACACUCCAAGGCAUCUGCGGCAAAGACAAGAAAAGCUUCACCCGACGGCUUAGUCCACCCAGCCCGCCAUGGAGCAACAAUCCUCAGCUCCGCCUUGGGUGCGAUCCCUCGUCGACUUCUUGCGCAGCAGCUCGACGGGGCCCAAGACCAAAGUCGGUCUUCUGAACGGACAGCGUAAAGAUCAUUUCAAAGGUAGUGGAGCCAUCAAGUCCCUCUUAUCUCCCGCCUACGUCAAGGCCCAAGCAAAGAAAGGCAGCGUGUUGCCAAAGAUCGAGAAUGAGGAUCAAGCGGCUGAAGCUUUGCACAAUGUCAUUCCGUACGCUUUCUUCUUGAGGGUGGACAGGGCCACGGAAGGUGGGAAGGAACGUCCGAUCCAGAUCAAUCAGAUGCAAAUGUUCAAAAGCGACCUGUACUACGUCUGGCUGUACGAUGGCUCACAGCUCUUGAUGCAACUGGCAGGUUUCGGAAUGAUCCUACUCAUGUUGGCUGGUGUCAUGUUCCCUCUUUGGCCUGCCAGUCUUCGAGUAGGGGUAUGGUACCUUUCUAUCGGAGUGCUGGGACUCAUCGGAGCUUUCUUCGGACUGGCCAUUGUCAGACUCAUCCUUUGGGGCAUCUCCAAGGUCGUGCUGAGUCCCGGUAUCUGGCUCUUUCCCAACUUGUUCGAGGAUGUUGGCUUUGUGGACUCUUUCAUUCCCCUGUGGGCAUGGGAUCUGCCUCCUGCCCCAAAGAAGGUCGGCAAAAAGAAGCGCGCGCACGCGAUCGAAGGUUCAGAAGGAGAAGCAAUUCGAGACAAAGUCGAGGGCGGAAAGGGAGCAGGGUCCAAGCAACAAGCUGUCGCUAACCUACCGGGUCAAGAAUCCGGCCCGGCCAAACCGCAACUGUCAGCUGCUCAAGCUGCAGGCGAUUCUGCUCCAGCACAACAAUCGAAGAGCACCGAUGGCAAAGGCGGCAAUGUGAAGAAGAUCCAGAAGGCGAGCGAUAAUUUAGCUGGUCUGGACUAAACAAAAUAAGCUUCGCUCCGCUGAAGCCUAGCGCAGCGCAGCCAUGUCUCACUAACACAACCUGUGGCCUGGAAUACACUACUUCCCUUGCCCUGGCAUAAUGUCAUGACUUACCACAAUCAGCGGUACAGGGCACGCACGACAAUGCCUCGAAUUUGCAGACAAGACACAGCUGACAUGCUCACGAGGCGGACUUCCUACGUACGGCAUCAAUGCCUAUGGAGGUUGAAAGCAUGUAGAGUGCUGCAGAGACGCAAGUCAAACUUUCCUACGUCUACGCUCGUUGGGAUUCUUGCGCCCAAUACCCAGGGGUGGCAGACCGCCUACCAAUCUCGAAGGCUCAAAGUCUGCUUUGCCCCCCUGCAAGAAAGCGCUCACGUCUUCAGGAUUCUGGUAUCGCUGGCUC